AUGUCUAACAAACCAGAAGAAAAAAAAUUGGAGCCUUUUAAGUGGUCUGAAGAGUCAGACGAAGAAUUGAGAAGAUUGAUAGAGGAGUCGAGAGCCUCUAUUAAUUGGGCCGAAGUAGCCAAGUGGGAUGCAGAAGGACGACCGUACGAAGAACACGAAGAAAUCUUACUCCUUUCUAAAGAGUCAGACGAAGAAUUGAAAAAAUUGAUAGAGGAGUCGAGAGCCUCUAUUAAUUGGACCGAAGUAGCCAAGUGGGAUGCAGAAAGACGACCGUACGAAGAGCACGAAGAAAUCUUACUGUUUUUGAAUAAAGAUAAUAAAGAUGAACUUAUUAACUUGGGAUCUACUGGAACCGGACAAUUUGACAUUAACGAAAGGAGAAAACAGAUACAUGGAGACACUUCACACACAAGUUCCAGGAAGAGAAAUUAUACAUCCGGGAAAGAAAGCGAUUCUAAAAAUUCCACCAAAGAAUCCACAACCACCGAACGUAACCAUCGUCAAUAUCGUAGUAAAGAGGUCAUAGAUUAUGAAAUAUCAUCGGAAAAGUUGCAUCCGUGUUCCGCAUGGAUUCGGAUCGGAUCUGUCAUCUUUCUAGAACCGAAGAAAGCAAGUUUACCAACUUCGGCUGCGGUAAUGAGUAGUGAGGUGGGGGGAAUUGGAGCAGUGGGGGGCAGUGGAGGCGGUGGGAUAAGUGGGAGGCAGUGGAGUGGUGAGGUGGAUCGGUUGGAAAUUGUGGAAUUAGCGAUUAGUGACUAUAGCGGUAA